GAAGUUCCUAAAUCAAUUCACAUGAGUCUUAAAUUUAUCAUAACAUUAAUGAAAGACUAUCAAACGAUUGAUGAGCUAAAAUCAAUUAUGAAAAUUUCUGAAGACAAUGAAGUGAAUGACAAUCCUGAUCCAAAAAUUAAUUCAUUCAAGAAAGUAAUGAGUUUGUCUUAUGACUUGCCAUCAAAAAUAAAUUAUUUAUUAACUGUCUAUACCGUUAAAACAUUAAUUUGUCUGGCAAAGUACACAUCUUUCUUUUCUGCAAAAUGGGAAGAUAUGCAAUAUGAUGAUUUUUUAAAGAAUGAAGAUUUUAUUUUUAUUGCAUCUUUGCUCUUGAGAUUGGUAAAAAUAAGUGCUCUCAACUCUCAUAGUAUAUCAAAUGUAACUGCUGUGAGUAAUUUACAACUUCAUUAUCACCUGGCUGGAAAGAGCACAAGAACUAGAGGAUUUUGCAUGGGUCUUAUCAGUAGUAUGAUCAAUAACAGUUGUGCACCUAAUAUCAAGAGAUGUUUUUCAGAUGAUUUGAAGUAUGUUUUUUAUGCCUUAGAGCCAAUUACUAGUGGAACUCAGCUUUUAGAUUCAUACAAUAACUGCUUUUAUGAAUCUCCACUGAGGCGUAGAAAAUCACUACAUACUAAUUUCUUAUGCAAAUGCAUUGCUUGUGAGGAAGAUUGGCCUCCUCUUAUAAUAGAAGGGGUAGAUCAAGAUUUCAUGGAACAAAAAAUGAGACUUGAAAUCAGAACAUUUAGGACAGAAAUGAAAUUCAUAGAGAGGAUCAACCCAUUAAUAGAAAGGAUUCUUCGAGCAAAACGUCAUGAAAAAAAACAUGCUAUUAAUAAAAAUUUAAUACGAACUAUGGCUGAUAUGAUGAAUAAAUUAGCUGAUGCGCUACCACAACCCAGUUUAGCUAGAUGUAUGUUACUUAAUGUUUUUGAUGAGAUUUUUGAAAAAUAUUAUGGUCUUACUGUACCUUUCGAUAACAUUUGUUCCAAGUAAAAAUAAUUUUUCCAGA